AUAGAAAGAGACUGCUGCUAUUACUCCCAUCUCCUUCCUUCAUUUCUUGCUUCUUAUCUUUCUCCCUUCUUUCUUUUUUGCCUUUGUCUUCCCAUAGCCUAAGUUUUUUCCAUGAGAGAUGGGCAACUGUCAAGCCAUAGAUGCUGCUGCUUUGGUCAUACAGCACCCCUGUGGUAAGAUUGAGAGGCUUUAUUGGCCAAUUUCAGCCAGUGAGGUCAUGAGAAUGAACCCUGGUCACUAUGUUUCUUUGAUCAUUCCAUUGCCUUCUGUACAUGGAGAUCAAGAUAAGACUAAUAACCCUGACAAAAAGACUGCUGUUCAGUUCACUCGUGUCAAGCUUCUCAGGCCUACUGAUACUCUUGCACUUGGCCAUGCAUAUCGCCUUGUUACUACUCAAGAAGUGAUGAAGGUGUUGAGGGCAAAGAAGUAUGCAAAAAUGAAUAGGCAGCAGCCGGAAUCAGUUGAGAAGCCUCAGACGGCAUCGGAGAAGACGAGUUCGGAUUGUGAGGCAGGAAACAAACCUGCUGAUAUGGACAAGGAUAAGGAGAAAGACCAUCAGACGACUAAAAAUGAAAGGCACCGACCAAGGACACCGUCAAUCUCCUCUACAACACUCAGAUCGAAGUCAUGGCGCCCCAAAUUACAGAGCAUCUCUGAGGCUGCAAGCUGACGGUGUUUGUUAUUGAAAUCUCUCCAGUGGCACAUGAAAAAUUCAGUAGAUUGCUUCCAACUUUUCCGGAGACUACUCCUAAUACCCACCAAAAUAUAUUCAUCACUCCAUCAAAGAAGACGGAUAAUCACAUGUCAAAAGCAUUGUCAAUCAAAGCUACCAUUUUCAAGAAAUAAAAAAUCUGUAUAGCGACAAAAAUAGUUAUGGAUCUAACAUUGUUUGGACGAAUAAUAUUUUCCAGCCUCCAUAUUCCACAA